AUGAAGCCCACCGCAGCAUCCAGCCUGGCCGCAAGCUUGUUGCUGCUGCUUCGUCUUCCUUACGGUGCCAUUGCAGGUCCUUCUGUCAAUGUUGCCCUGCAAGCUUCGUUUGAUGCAGGACCAUACCUGGUAGAGCUGCUAGAAACAGCCGCCGAAGAAAACUCAACCGCAUAUUUCCCUCUCCUUGACCGGAUCGCCCAAGGCGCCUUUGAAAGCGCCACCACAGAACAGGACCUGUACCACCGGUUCCUGCAGGUCCUCCGCGACGACGGCCAUCUCGCCGACGCAGAGAGUCUGGAUUCGUUCAAGCUCGCGCUCUCGAUUCGGUCUGCCGCGCCUCGUAUUCAGGCUCAUUAUCAGUAUUACGACUCCUCGGUACAGUCUACGUUGGCUGCUGCCCAGGACGCUGCGUGUCCCGUAUGGGUUCAUCUGGAUGGGAAGCAGUACUGCUCGCCGACGUUGGAGCGGGCGCAACAGGGUGUCGACGGGGAUAGCGACCCCAGAGAGCUACCCUUUGACCGGACUUUCGGUGACCCAUUGGCAACUCCGGCUGUGCUUUACGCAGAUGUCUCCUCGCCAAUUUUUGGUGAAUAUCACCGCACGCUACAAGCGCUUGCAAAGGAUGGCGAGGUUGCGUAUCGAGUCCGAUACCGCUCUAUUCAGAACCACGACACCCCCGCUCGGCCUCUAUUCAUGAACGGGUACGGAGUCGAAUUGACCCUCAAAAGAACGGAUUAUAUCGUCAUUGAUGACCGACAAGACGAAGACGACAAAAAAGGCACCGCCCAGAAAACAAAAGCGAAAGCGGAGAACCUUGAAGACGAGUCCCCCGCAGACCUGACACCUUUGUCCUCGUCCGAGGUCCUUACGCUGGGAACCAGUACCGCCGGGUUCGUUUUGGACAGCCAGGACCCAUUUACUACACUGGUCAAGCUGUCCCAAGAUUUCCCGAAACAUUCUGCCGCUGUAGCGGCUUAUAACACGUCGGACGAGUUUUUCGUAGAAUAUGCAAAGAACCGACAGGCCGGACUGCCCAGCGCACGCAACAUUAUGUGGAUCAACGGACAGCAGAUCGAUACUCGACAGGUUGAUUCGUACUCCUUGCUAGAACAUCUGCGACGCGAGAGAAAACUGAUUGGCGAAUUCAAAAAGCUCGGCCUGGCUGGAUCCGAGGCGGUCGAUCUGUUAUCCCAUUCAUCGCUGACAGAAGUAAAAGUUGGCAGUGACGUGCAGCGCUACGACUGGCGAGACGAGGCCGAGGAAGGCGGCGUGCUGAUUUGGAUGAAUAAUAUCGAAAAGGACAAGCGAUACGGAAGUUUUCCGUCGAAUCUUCAAACUCUCCUUCAACCUACGUAUCCCGGCCAGCUUCCACCUGUCCGCCGGGACGUUCAUAAUGUGAUUGUUCCGGUGGAUCUGGCGAAUGAGGAGGAUGUUGGCUUUAUUGUCCAAUAUCUCUACACCUUUGUCAAACGCUUGAUUCCAGUCCGGUUUGGACUUGUGCCAAUCCUGCACACAGAAGAGUCUAAAGCUCAGGCCAAAAUUGCCCACCAUCUACAGCAAACAUAUGGCCUGGCUUCGUUGUUGAAGUAUUUGGAAGAGACUGCAUCAACCGGCAAACCUGCCAAAGCCGAUAAAAAGCUAUUUGCUGCCGCCAUUGCAGACCGCACGCUUCGCCCAGAACAACAGAGCCUAUCAUUCGACGAGGUCCUUGAGUCCCAAGACCUCGAAGAUGUCAUCACCAAAACCGCAAAGUAUCUGAGACGUCUCGAUCUCAAAGGCCCCUCGCCGCCCACACUCGUCAAUGGUAUCGCCAUGACUCGUACAGAAACCUACCUACAAUCAUUGCCCGUGCAGCUCGGAAGGGAUAUCCAGCUGAUCCAACAAGCGCUCAUCCAAGGCGCAUUUGAUGACGACAGUUGGGUCGCGGGGACGUUCUUGCUUGAGGCGGCCCAAAGCCGUAACGAGUGGAUUGUUCCCGAGGAUGAUAGUGAAAUUCGCAUGCUGAAUAUGCUGGAUAUUGCAAGUGCUCACAACGAUUUUGACGAGAUUCUUCGUCUUCCUUCGGAUAAGACGCAUACUACGAAUAAUGUUCAGUUGGUUGUGGUUGGAGAUUUUAAUACCGACUAUGGACUUGCCCUGCUUGCUUCUGCGCUCAAGUUCCGUCAGUUGCAUCUGGAGGCUGAAGUCAUUCCCCUGCAUACAUCAGAUGCACAGGACAGCACGGCGGGUGUUUCCUCCAAGCUCUACGAGCUUCUACGCCAGGCGAAACAGCCCGAGGUGGCAGAUAUUCUUCUUCACAUACAGUCUGCCGAUGUUGGUACAACAAACUCUCAAGAAGAGCAAGAAUACUGGACACGCGCCCAGAAACUGGUUAAAAGCCUUGGUUUCGCCCCCGGCGCGUCUGGUGUCGUGAUGAACGGCAGAGUGAUUGGUCCUCUUCCGUCGUCUGUCGAAUUCGGCGAGGCGGAAUUCGAGAACUUGUAUGACUAUGAAUUGUCGCGGAGGCUUGGACCGGUCACAGAGGCAUUGGAGGAUCUUGGUAUUGCGUCUAAGGUGGCUGGUCCGUUGGCCUUUGCCAAGUUGACUUCUCUCCUGGCAUUAUCGAAUACGCCCGACGUCCCCGAGGGCAUUUUUGAAAGCAAGCCAAAGUAUCGGCUGGAUGUGUGGAAUAGAUGGAACAGCACUCACUCCGGCAUCACCGUUGAGUCGCAAGAAGACGCAUCCAUCAACAUCGUGGCUGCUAUCGACCCUACUUCAGAGUUAUCCCAACGAUGGGUCCCGAUUUUGAAGACGCUGUCUCAACUGGCUGGCGUCAAGGUCAAGAUCUUCCUUACUCCGGUGACUCAACUGCAAGAGCUCCCCAUCAAGCGCUUCUAUCGCCACGUGCUUGCGCCAGAACCCUUGUUUGACGAGAACGGGGCACUACUACGGCCAGAGGCAUCCUUUAGAGGCCUGCCCCAAGAAGCUCUGUUGACUCUGGGCAUGGACGUGGCGCCCUCGUGGCUCGUCGCGCCCAAGGAAUCCUCGCACGAUCUUGACAACAUCAAACUCGGCGCGCUCAAGGACGACGCAGAUGUGGAUGCAAUUUAUCAGUUGGAACACAUCUUGAUCGAGGGCCACUCCACGGACACAACGCUCAAGAUACCGCCGCGCGGUGUCCAACUACUGCUAGAAAGCGAGCGUGGCUCUUUCUUCGCUGAUACGAUCGUCAUGGACAAUCUGGGCUAUUUCCAAUUCAAAGCACAGCCGGGCUUUUGGAAGAUUGAAUUGAAGGAAGGCCGCAGCCAGAGCAUUUUCAAGCUGGACAGCGUCGGCGCCAAUGGCCGUAAUGUGCGCGCGGGAGACGAUGAUGAUGAUGGCAAUAACGAAGUCGCGCUGCUGUCGUUCCAGGGCAAAACGCUCUUCCCUCGACUUUCGCGCAACGCUGGCAAGGAGGACGAAGAUGUCCUCGAGACCGGUCCUCGACCGGGAUCCCCCAUGGACUAUGUUUCUAAGGGCAUCAACUUUGCGCAGGGCGUGCUGGGCGUCAAGAGCAGUAGCCAGAGUGUAACGGCCGAGAGACAUGCCGAAAUCAACAUCUUUUCUGUCGCUAGCGGCCACUUGUACGAGCGCAUGCUGAAUAUCAUGAUGGUAUCCGUGAUGAAAAACACCAAGCACACGGUCAAGUUUUGGUUUAUUGAGCAGUUCUUGUCCCCCUCGUUCAAGAGUUUCUUGCCUUCUUUGGCUGCUGAAUACGGCUUUUCGUACGAGAUGGUCACGUACAAAUGGCCACACUGGCUGCGCGGCCAGCGCGAGAAACAACGCGAGAUUUGGGGUUACAAGAUUUUGUUCUUGGACGUGCUCUUUCCGCUCUCGCUCGACAAGGUCAUUUUCGUUGAUGCUGACCAGAUUGUACGUACGGACAUGUACGAUCUAGUCACGCUCGAUCUCGAAGGUGCGCCCUAUGGCUUCACACCCAUGUGCGACUCGCGCACGGAAAUGGAGGGAUUCCGGUUUUGGAAACAGGGGUAUUGGAAAACAUACCUCAAGGAACUGCCCUACCACAUUUCUGCGCUGUACGUUGUUGAUCUCCAGCGUUUCCGUGAGGUUGCCGCGGGUGACCGGCUGCGAGGGCAGUACCACGCACUCUCGGCCGAUCCACAGUCCUUGAGCAAUCUGGAUCAGGAUCUGCCGAAUCAUUUGCAGACCAUGAUCCCGAUCAAGAGUCUGCCGCAGGAAUGGCUGUGGUGUGAGACGUGGUGCUCGGACGAAUCCCUGGCGCAGGCACGCACGAUUGAUUUGUGUAAUAACCCCAUGACCAAGGAGCCGAAACUGGACCGGGCGAGGAGACAGGUGCCCGAGUGGACGGUUUAUGAUGAUGAGAUUGCGGCGCUGGCGAAGAGGGUUGCCCUGGGGGGUUUUGGUGAAGAUGACGUGAAGGUUGAGGAGCAGCCUAGAAAAGACGAGCUAUAA